AUGGAUAGUCUUAGCCUCACUGUCCUGGAGGACCGGGCUCGUUUUCAUGGUGGCACCACAUCCACCCACUUAAUCAGACAAUGGGCUGAGACUGCUGUUGAGGUGGAGCAGGGUGUGGGUGUCCGCCAACGCAACACCCAGCGAUAUCGGUAUUGUCGCCAGGUGGAUGAAGCGGCGUUAGACUCGGUGGCUCACAAGUCCUCAGCGCCUUGGGGGGAAAUACCCGGAAAUAAUGUGGCUAUGUCAAGUUCAUUAAAUAAGGAAUGGAAACCGCAUGACCCAGUGGAAUAUGAAGAUGAGUAUGAGAUGCUUGUAGAGGAUCCCUGA